CUUCUCCCCAUUCAACAGCCAUCAUUAUAGGGAAAACACGAUUUCCACCAGCCCAGGGCGAUCAAAAAUCAUCCAGAAAUUGGAAAAGCUUCUUUAACUAUAGCUUUUGACCCUACUUGCGAACCUCUUUCCGUCAUAGUUGCGUCUGAUAAUAAUACUCCUCUGCGCACGACCAUGCCCUCGGCGCCCACAACGCCAGCAGAUCAGGAUCCUUACGAUGCUGCCGAUUAUCGUUUUCGCACCAACGGCACCGCUUGCGAAUGGGGAGAGUCUUACCAUCCUGGUGGCUACCAUCCUGUAGAGCUCGGGGAUGAGUUCAAUGGCCGAUACCGUGUGAUCCGCAAAAUAGGUUACGGUGAAUAUUCCACGGUGUGGCUUGUCGUCGAUCUACAAACCGCUCGCUUGGCUGCCCUUAAGAUUGCCAUCGCUAGCAUAGACCAGGGCGGCAUCGAUAAAGAACUCUCUCUUCAUAAAUGCCUCAACGAAGCUAUGGUCCCAAUCAACGGUGCUAAGCAUGUUGUCAGCAUGCGCGACUUCUUUGAGCACCAUGGCCCCAAUGGGCGACACGCUUGUUUCGUUUUCGAAGUCAUGGGUCCAAAUCUCAAGGCGAUGUUGCACCGGUGCCCCGACUUCCAAAUAGGUGAGCCGUGGGAACGACGUUUCACGACACCAUAUGCAAAGCGAGUUCUGCGUGAUACUCUUUCUGGGCUAGACUUUCUACACAGGAAUGGUGUCGUUCAUGGGGAUCUUCACCUAGGAAAUAUUCUUGCGAAUAUUCGACACAUAGACGUGAACGAGAACACGUUACAAAACCUCGAGCAAACACCAUCUCAGGGGAGUCCGCUAGUGCGCUUAGACGGCAAGAAAGACCCAUGGGCUCCAUCAUAUCUUCUUGAACCGGAUCCGUUGUACGAUUAUGCUUCUCUUGAUCUAGACCCAUUGGCAAAGGUUACCGACCUCGGCGCUGCGUUCCUUGCGAAUGACCCUCCGGAGGAAACAGUCACACCUGUAGCGCUGCGCGCGCCUGAAACGAUCUUGGGCCUCUCAGUUGGCAAAGAGAUUGACAUCUGGUGUUUUGGGUGUCUCGUCUUCGAGUUACUCACCGGUCAACAACUAUUUGUCCGCAUACAACCUCUUGAGGGAGACGAGUACGACGAACAAAUUAACGACGAGCAUCUCUGUCAAAUAUCAGACGUCAUUGGACGGCUUCCCGAGCACAUGUUCGCUCGCUGGCGUCGGGCACCGAGGUACUUUGCUCCAGAUGGUCAGCGGAUACGCUCAGAGACCCUUGACGGCGACGAAUCAUCUCGAAGUUCCGAUGGGGAAGAUGCAGGGGAUGUAGAAGAUGUUCAUAACGUACGGGCUGGCCUAGAAACACCUCGCUCGAGUGAAAGUAUCUCCCUCGCGGCCCCAGAAACUUUCGAUUCGCUCGAGAAGCAGUUCAGGGAUGGAAAGCCGGAUGGCAUUGACGAAGUCGAGACGAAGCAAAUUCUGGACUUGCUGGGCCGGCUACUUCAACUCGAUCCUUCCCAACGACCUUCAACAGAAGAUAUUUUAAAGCACGCUUGGUUCAGUUCAUAGCAUCUUUACGUGGCCAGUUUACAAUAUAUCGAUCGUAUCUAGAGCCGAACACCAGUCUACGAACAUAUUACACAGCUUAUUAAAGGGAAAUGGUGUACCAAAAUCUUCCACGCUCGUCUGACCGUUCUCAAAUGAUUCUGAAUUCUCAACCAACUGAGGC